AGUCGUGAGUAGAUCAUACAAUCGCUAGGAAAAGGAUGGGAGCAGUUUGCGACUACAGAGCAGCAGUUCUUGCCCGGAUAAACCGAGUGGUUCUUACGUUUAAGCAGUUCAUUUAAUAAACUAAAACAAGCUACGGUUCCAAUCAUGAAAUAUAUAUAUUAUAUUCGACCUAUUUAAGUUUCCAGCUUUAAGCUACCAAUUUCGUCAGAUUGGAACUAGCUUUUUCAUUUCUUUCACAAAUCAAAUUUUUUCUCGAGCCUAUGAUAAUGAAAGUCCGCAGAAAACGAGAUAGCUGCUUCAGCAACUUACGAAUUCUCAUUGUCCUCUUUUGUAUGAACCCUCUUUUUCUUACAGCACAAAAAGAAACGUCAGGAAACAUCUGGAAUGAUGACAUUUUUCAAAAAACAUUACGCUGGCGGAUAAGAACAAAACGCUGGACAUCCUCGUCUCUGUCCACUGAUUAUUGGUCAUUUGUGCAGUCAAUCUCCCCUUCUUUCGACAAAAGUGUAGCUAGUAAUGUCACCACUCAGUUUGGUCAGACAGUAUAUUUACAUUGCGUGGUCAACAAUCUGGGUGAUAAGACAGUAUCAUGGAUUCGAAGAAAAGAUCUUCAUCUUCUAACAGUUGGAACGGAGACUUACAUUAAUGAUGACAGAUUCAGUGUUGCUCAUAUAGAGGGGAGUCAUGAUUGGCCUCUUCAAAUUAAAUAUCCACAGUCAACAGAUGUUGGAGUGUACGAGUGCCAAGUUAGUUCCGACCCUAAAAUAACAUUUCUUGUGCAACUCAAUGUUGUUGUACCAAAAGCCGAAAUUCUUGGUUCACACCCGAUGUAUGUGAAGAUAGGAAGCUCUAUUAACCUAACAUGUGUCAUCAGUGAGAGUCCUGAACCUCCAAGGUUUGUUUUCUGGUAUCACAAUAAUCGAAUGAUCAAUUACGACAAAGAAGGAGGAAAGAUAUCCCUGCAGAAGGCCAGUGAUGAUUCUGCCAUCAGUACUUUGUACAUAAAAGAUGCUCAACCGACUGACUCUGGGAAUUUCACGUGCGGACCUUCCAAUGCCGAAGCCACAAGUAUAUCUGUUUUCUUUCUUCACGGUGAAAAUCCAGCAGCCAUUCAACGGGAUACUAGUCCUUCACUGUCAUCGUCUAGUACUCAUCACGACCGUUGUAUUACUUUUGUCGCUGUUGCGGCUUGGGCUUUAUUGAGAUGAUAGCUGUGUUAAGUAUCAUAUAUUUAUCUAUGUCCUGUUUCCAUGACGACCUGUCAUGAUAUUGAGGCAUCUUUUUAAAAAAGACAUAUGAGAAAACAACAUCAUCUACAAAUUUCAUCUAUAAGUUGGCAGAAACAUGAAGUUUAGGAGAGAGAAAAAAACAACUAAAGACGAUACACUGAAGGGAUAAAGAAUACAAUUCCUCGAUGAAAGUUUGGUUUUGGAUGUUAAUUGCUGUAAAUAAUUGUUUUUAUUUAUUUUUAAUUCUUAUUGGUUAAAUUCAAUAAAGAAAUAGACGUAAAU